UAAAACAUCAAAAGUGAUACAGCGUUAGCUUAUCAACGCCAUAUUUUCCCUUCUCAAAAUGAUUAUAUAAAUUGGAUCUCCGGGGAUGCUGUUGGUGGCACGAAGACUAAAUAGUGCGUAUACGCUGACACGAUGGCAUUUAGAACUAUGCUCUACUCGUUGCUUCAUGUCGAUUACCUACCUAGCCCAAUGUCUGCCUAGGUAGGUAUUUACGUACUCCACGCAGGGUAUUGUACCAAUGAAUGUAGAUAAUCCUGUGGGGGUGGGAUGGCCAUGUCAUCCUGCAGAUUCCGGCGCGUAUAUCACCAUCAUAGCCUUGCUCUCCUCGCAAUGUAGUUCACGUCCACAGCAUAGGAUAGUGAAGCUCGAAAGUUCGUCUCGAUGUGGCUUCUAGACACUAAAAACAUUACUCUCGAGUUUCUCAACGAGGCUCAAGUUCUCAACCAUCCGUAUGCGAUCCUCUCUCACGUGUGGGGUCACGAAGAGGUCCUUUGGCACGAAGUACGAGAUGAUCGAACAGCGAUACAGAGCAAGGCAGGAUGGGAAAAGAUAAUUAGGUUUUGCGCCACGGCAGCAAAAUACGGAUUUGCAUACGCGUGGGUAGAUACCUGUUGCAUUGACAAACGCAGCAGUGCCGACCUGACCGAGGCUAUUAAUUCCAUGUAUAAAUAUUAUCAUGACGCCGCAGUGUGCUUUAUAUAUCUCGAAGACGUGCACAAGUGUAUUGACAAAGGGAGCAACGCACCACCCGGGGCGACGACAGCAACCCGAGAUCAACUACUAUCUGCAGUACGCACUACAAAAUGGAUCUCAAGGGGAUGGACAUUGCAAGAGCUGCUAGCGCCCAGCCGACGAUGCUUCUUCGCCGCCGACUGGUCUGAGAUCGAGGAGGGAGGAGACCUGCUUGACGUUCUCGCCGAAACUGCAGAGAUUAGUAGACAGCUGAUUGAAGAUAGGAGUCUGCUGAGAAGUUUCUGCAUCGCGGAGCGCAUGAGAUGGGCUUCAAAACGAAACGUGACGCGGGGGGAAGAUGUUGCAUAUAGCCUCAUGGGUCUCUUCGACGUCCACAUGCCAGUCAUGUAUGGCGAAGGAGCUGAAGUUGCUUUUAGAAGAUUGCAGCGCGAGAUCAUGCAGUCGUCUUUUGACAUGACUAUUUUUGCGUGGCGUGCGGACUAUGAAAGCAGCGGUUUCCUGGCUCGAUCACCCGCUGAUUUUGCGGACGUUCCUCGUUUGGAACUCUGGGCACCGUGGAAUCUUGCGCCGUUCUCGUCAACCAACGUAGGACUCUCCAUUCGAUUAAAUAUUACCAAUGAGCAACAAAUACUUGACGCAAAUAAUCAGCACCACCGAAAAUUUGAAGAACUGCCCAAAGGCGUAACCCUCGUCGCGGCUUUGCAGUGUGACGUGCAAACACCAACAGGUCAAUGGCAGAUCCCCAUGGUCUACUUGGAGCCAGUGAAAGGGGCGAGAUUCUUCAUUAAUGGCAGAAAUCUCAAGGCGUAUCGUAGGAUUCGAUGCGCUGAGUGGAUGACAAUACCAUCUGAACAACUUGUUGGCUGCCCCUUCGAGGAUAUUCUCGUUCUUCAUGACGAGCAGUACGAAUUAGUCCGGCGAGCAACGCAACAGCAUUAUUCGAGGAGAGAACCAUGUGAAGAACAUGGCCGCUAUUGAGUAAUAUAUCUGAGUGGGAUUUAGAGAAGGGGCACAUAACGGGAUGAUGAGCUUGGAUGGUAUAUUCCUUUUCUAAUGAUCGUUCUAUAAUAAUAAUUCGAUGUGUUACAGCUUCUUGCUAUUAGGUGACAGCUAAUGCUCAUACCUUCAAUGUUGUCGGGCCGGCAUCCGAGUUUAGGUUUAGGUUCGAUUUAAGUUAGCAUGAAUGUGGCUGUACUGGCUAGGCCUUACUUUAAUUUAUACUUAGGUAGCUGGUGGUUAAGAGACAAUUGCGGAACUCCCUGACAAGACUAUCGCCGAGUACUUACCGAAUUAGGCACAUUCAGCUGCCAUUUUGGUCCAAGUGCUGGCGCGAGCAUCAAUAACGCCCAAGAAGGUUCAAAUCUCCAGAACACGAGAAUCUGGCCUUGGCAUUUCCUCGUCAAUCGGGAGUCGGCACCUUGUCAGUAUGGAUUGCAUGUAAUUAAAAGAUGCGACAGGUGUUAAACUUUCCAUGUACGUACUUUACAUAAAUAGAUCAAUCCUAAGACUUUCUUACGGGGCACAUAUCCAUG